AUGCUCAGGACAUCGGAGACACAGAAUCCUCACCGAAUGAUCACUGAGCCUAGAGCAAUACAUCCAGCCUCAGACCUCCAAGGGCCUGAACAUGGAGUGAUGAGAUUUGGUGGCCACAUCAAGUUUUUACUGCUCCUCAAGCCUAUUUUAGUUUUCAGUCGCAGUCUGCUUUCUCUUCCGUUCCGCUCCACCUGGGACAAUCUACCUCCCCAGGUCACCCGUCACCCGGAUAAUUCACGCUCCCCUUUCGGUUCUCCUCGUGGACAUCAGCUCCUCAAGCAGCCCUCACUGGUGUGGUCCCCAGAGUCUGGAUCAGGGCCCCUCUAUGUGCGCUGGCUCAGGAGACCUCUGACCCUUCUCCUCUUGCUUAGACUUGGGACUCUGUACCCGGGAGGCGCUCCCCGCGGCUGGGACCCGCCUCCCGGGUCCCAGGAGACCCCGCCCGCCGGGGCCGUGUCCCCGCGCGCGGGGCGGCGGCGGCUCCCAGGCAGAAGCCGGCGAGCAGGGCAUCGGGCGCUGCGGGACCCAGCCCGGGGCCGGGAGGUGGCGACGGCGGCGGGGACGUCGGCCGGAGCUCGGGUCCAGUCCAGUCUGCGGCACGGCCGGCGGCAGGUAAGCACAGACACUUCCAGCUCGAGAAGGGCAGAUCCGAAAGGUCGGAGUGCGCUGUUGGCUGAUAUCCAGCAAGGGACUCGCCUGCGAAAAGUGACGCAGAUCAAUGACCGCAGUGCCCCACAGAUCGAGGGUUCUAAGGGAACCAGCAAAGAAGGAGGAGGUUCUACGAACUCCCGAGCUGUGAGCACACCCCCAGCCCUGGGAGAUCUGUUUGCUGGUGGCUUUCCCGUGUUGCGACCAGCAGGCCAGAGGGAUGCAGCAGGUACCAAGACAGGGCAGGGCCCUGGCUCCCGAGCGCCUUCUCCCAGACUUCCCACCAAAACCAUCGGCGGUCCGCUUAACCCCCCUGCAUCUCCCAGGCUAGGCAAUGCCUCCGAGACGCAUGGCGCUGCCAGGACCAUCCCUCCUCGUCCCAACGUGCCCGCCCCACCACCUCCCACCCUGCCCCCACCUCCCCCACCCUUACCCCCACCCCUGCCCCCGUCCUCCCCCGCCAAAGCUCCGCUGGUGUCCCCGCCUGGCCCACCGACCAAAGGGAACCCCCCGGUGGUUGCACCCCCUGUCCCCUGCGCGCCUCCGCCGCCUCCACCGCCACCUCCCCCAACCCCACCUCCGCUGCCGCCUGCCUCGGUUCUCGGCGACAAGGCGGCAAAGCCCCAGCUAGCCCCCUUGCACCUCCCGCCCGUCCCGCCCCCGCUCCCUCUCCUCCCACCCUGCGGGUACCCCGGGCUCAACGCGGAGCCCGCCAGCCCCGCCCAAGACCUGCCGGAGCCGCCCGCCCCGCCGCCCCCGCCGCCCCUCUACGCCUCGUGCUCCCCGAGGGCCGCGGUGCCCGCGCCGCCUUUGCCGGGCGCUAACAACAGCAGUGACGCCCCACCCCCGCUGCCGCCCAAGUCCCCCAGCUUCCAGGCCCAGCCGCAGAAGGCCGGCGGCGCGCAGACCUUGCCCGCGCCGCCCGCCCCUCCGGGGUCCCAGGCCUUCCUGCAGAAGAAGAGGCACGGCCGGGGCCCAGGGACCAGCGGGGGAAAGCUGAAUCCACCCCCCGCACCCCCUGCGAGAUCGCCCACCACGGAGCUUUCGAGCAAGAGCCAGCAGGCCCCAGCCUGGACCCCGACACCGCAGCCCGGAGGUCAGCUACGAAACGGAAGCCUGCACAUCCUCGAUGACUUUGAGUCCAAAUUCACGUUCCAUUCUGUGGAAGACUUCCCCCCUCCGGAUGAGUAUAAACCAUGCCAGAAGAUUUACCCCAGCAAGAUCCCCAGAAGCCGUACACCUGGUCCCUGGCUCCAGGCCGAGGCAGUCACGCAGAGCUCUGAUGACAUCAAAGGCAGAAAUUCUCAGUUAUCUCUGAAGACUCUCCGGUGAGAGGACAGAUGAAGCCAAGGUCCUGGGUUCCAGAUUGCAGGACAGGCACCCCCAGGAGAAGAUGUCAGACCCCUCCCCACCAUGCUCCAGCUGUAAUUCAGUUGACCUACAGGCUCUGAAUGGAGCAUUCAUUUAUUGUAAAUACGUGGUUUGCACGGGCUUCGAAGCAGCAUUUUAGUCACCUUUUAUUUGAGUAAUAUUUUUAAAAACACUCAACAUUUUUCCAUUUUUUACAUCUUGGCCCUCAUCUGUCAGUACAGAUAGAAGCCUGUCCCUCCCCCCACAGGCCCAUUCCAUGACUGUGAAUAUGCUUGCGGGCUGGCCCUUUCUAGAUUCUGACCCGUUUUUAGAGAGUCCUUAGUUUCCAGGUAGUCCCAAAGUCUGAAGUAUCCACAACUUCUUAUUGGCAUGAUUUUAUAUUCUCAUAGCACCAACUGCAAGAUCAAACCAAAUAAUGCCUUACAAAUGACGCAGCUCAGAGGAAGUAGUGUGUCCCCCACACCCAGACAAUGCCACGCAGCCUCCAGUGAACGAGAUGCCACGUCUCGCUUCCGUUUUGCAGUACAGGGAUGUUUUUUCGCUGCCUAAUGUAAAUAUGUCACAGAGUAAAGGCAAGAGUGGGCUUGGCCCCUCCAGUGCCGACCGCAGGGCCCCUUUUGUCACUGAACAAUCCUACAAGUAGCCAAUGCUCCUACUGUUUACAGUGUCCCUAGUGCCCAGGUCUCCGUCACUUUCCUCCUGUCCCUUCCAAGUUCCCAGCCCCAUCCUGGUAGCCAGGAUAAGGUCAGCUUCAUGAGAUUUCAAUAUUUGUUUCCCUACAAGUUAAAAACAUACAGAACUCAUUAUUAUAGUCAACUACUAAUUCUAUCUCAGAGGUCCCCCCCCACGCUGCUCCCACUUCAAGUGUGGGAUUUCCAUGGAAAAUAUGACAUGAAAAAGUAUAGAAUGAAACAACUCGUGAAAUGCCUGCCUCAAAAAUCUGUUGCCACAUUCCCACCUUUAGGAACCUUGCAACCACCCAUCAGGCAAAACCUGGUCCCCGCCCCCAAGCUAAAGGAGAACCUCACCGGCCGACAGCUCUGGGGAGAUGAGUGCAGGCCCAGCCGCCGGAGUGUGGAAGGGUCAGGCUGGCUGGGACUGCCCCUCACACUCUUUCCUGAGCCAGCGAGGGAGUGGAGUGUGUUCUUGUUGUUUGCGGCCUGACCCCAAAUGCUCCCUGUCUUUGGUGGGGGAAGGCUGUGACAGAGGAAGGAGAGAAAAUAGGAAACAGACUGAUCCCUGGGCUGUGCUCAAAACAGCUGUAGAUGAAAGGAUAUUGGGAGGGAGAGGAGGGAGACCAGUGAAACAUGUUUGUUUUGGGACAACCCACUGAGGCACUCACACCAGAGGGAUCUCACGUCCAGACCAAGCCAUCCAGAAAGGUAGAGCGUUAGGAGGGUUUGGGCAAAGGUGACUGCGUAUACCUAGGGGUUGUCUGGAGUGAGUACGAAGAUGCUGUCCUGUUAAUACAUCAGGGCUGCCCUUUCUCAUUCCAGAUAGAAGCCAGGGAACCAGGGUCAAGUUCCCUCCUCUGGGGAAUGAAUCAAAUCAAAUUACAAUAGCUAAAUCCAAGGAAAAUAAGCUUUCGCAGGUCAUCGGCUCUGGGCAUAACUGAUUUGUUGGUUCUAGAAGGUUUCCAAAAGGUCAGGAUUUCUUUAUUAUAACAGCAUCCACUCCACUGCCCUCCCAGUGGUGUAGAGUAAUUAUAAACGUUUUAAUUAUCAUGAUUAAGAAGGCUUUAGACAAAGGCACUUCCACCUUCAGAGUAGACUGCCUGCCCUGAUAAGGUGUUUAUACAUUCAUGUUCCCUACGGCUGGGACAGAAAUUAAACAUAAAACUAUUUAAGGACAGAGGGAAGGAACGAGCAGAAACCAAAAGCGGCGAUUAGGGAGAAAUCUCAGGAAUCUGGCACCACACCUGUCUCCUCCAGACCUAUCACUGAAUUCACUUCCCGUUGAGUUUGUGCUGGCGUGCUGAGUUCCUCCGCCGUGGGAAGGUUUCUUGACCGUGGACUCACACGUGGAGGCAUCUGAGUCGCAGAGUCCCCUGCCACCCUCACACAUUCUCACUGACACUGUCGUCUGUGACUGCCCCAGUGUUUCGCGUGUAUUUUAUAUUUAUUGAUGUCUCCCUCUGCAGAUUCAUUUCUUUGUACCUAAUAAACUUUAAUAAGUGGAAAAUGA